AUGAAGCUCACCUCCCACUAUCUUUUCCUUCUAUCGACGAUCCUUGGCCUGUCUAGCGCAGACUCCCUCAAUGAUGAUGCCCCAUGUAUCGCCCGCUCCCCAACAUCGGGCCUUUUCUUCGAUCUCAAUGCAAUUUCCUUAUCCCCGCCUGAGUUGAAAGAUGGCAAGAAAGUUCUGAAGGAAGCGCGGGAUGACAGUUGGCACGCGAAGGGCCACGACUACCCAGCCAACUUUACACUCAACGUCUGCGCGCCGGUCAUUGAAAAUGUGACCAACGUGGUUGGAGUAGACGCUUCGCGGUGGAAGAACGUCAGUGCAUACUACGAGCGAGAUGAGAAAGUAUAUUCUAUAGGGUAUGAUCUUCGCCGGCGACUAGGUUCAUGGCGCAUGCUAAUCCUCCGCAGAGAACAAGCCUCCGAACCCUUUUUCCGUGGUCGCAAACUCGUCCUUAACUAUACCAAUGGCUCACCGUGCCCUGAUGACUUGAAUAUGGCGAGUACCAAUGCCUCCACGCGGAGGAAAUCAACAAUCAUGUCUUUCCUUUGUGAUCGUGAUGCUCUGGAGAGCGUGGCGACUCCAUCUUUUGUCGGCACCAUGGAUUCAUGCACAUACUUCUUCGAGGUGCGCAGCUCUGCGGCAUGCGGUGGAAUCGCCGUCGAUCCUCACGCUGGCGGUCUGGGACCGGGCGGCGUGUUCGGCGUCAUUGUGCUGAUUGCCGUGGCCGUUUAUUUGAUUGGUGGCUGCGCGUACCAGCGCACAGUCAUGCACCAACGUGGCUGGCGCCAGUGUCCGAACUUCAGUCUCUGGGCUGGUGUUUUCGACUUUGUCAAAGACAUGUUUAUUAUCAUAUUUUCUUCGCUUGGGAAUCUUCUCCGCUGCAAGGGAUCCCCUUCGAGGAAUGGCUAUACCCGUGCCGACUCUGACGGCCGGGGCGGUUUCAUUGGGGCUAUUGGCGGCCGAGGACGUGGUCAGGGAGGGCGGGAUGUGGAUGCUGAGAACAGGCUUAUAGACCAACUUGAUGAGGAGUGGGAUGAUUAG